CAGACGGAAGUCCCUCCUCCCCCAGCUGCUGACAGACCUAACCUUUGAAAACAAAAUGUGACGUGGCUAAUCUUUCUGGAGAACAACAAGAAACCUGAAUUAUUUCUGUAAUCUGGAAAAUUAACAUAAAUUUAAGACCUGGAUUGGGAAUUUUAAACUGUAAUUAAAACGGAAAAUUCUUCUAAUUACUUUUGGGAAGGAAACAACAAGCAGAUUGGAGGAAAACGUUAGCUACUAGCAUCAAGACUGAGAUCAGAAAAGACAUGUUGUGCUGAGAUGUCUGAGAAGAUGUCAGACAGCGAAACACCUCAUUCAGAAAGCGAUGGGACAGAGGGAGCGCCUGGGAUCCAAGACCCCUCACCAGCUGAAACAGCAGGCAGCUCCUCAGCAUCUAUACCAGACAACUCUACUGAUGUAGCCCCAACGAGGAAAGCCAGGAGGAGACCAGAGACCAAACCUGCAGAGGAAACCCGGCCAACACCAAAAGCAGAGGAGGAACAGCAGCCAGCAAAGACGCCAAGUGAAUCAACUGUCUCUCAAGGUGGAUGGGGAUACUGGGGCAGCUGGGGUAAAUCCAUCCUGUCCACAGCAACAGCUACUGUCACCACUGUGGGCCAGGGGCUCACUCAAGUCAUCGAAAAGGCAGAAACAUCUCUAGGAAUUCCCAGUCCGACUGAACUGUCAGCCAAGGUGGAGGAAGAGGAAAAACAUCAGGGCGAAGGCAGCAGCGAGACAGAAAAAUCUGCAACUGAUGGAUCCUCACCAGCAGGAGGCGCGAUGGGAAUGUUCUCGUCUCUGACCAGCGUUGUUCAGACCACAGGGAAGACUGUGAUCACAGGAGGUCUGGACGCUCUGGAGUUCAUUGGGAAGAAGACGAUGGAUGUGAUAGCUGAAGGAGAUCCUGGCUUUAAGAAGACCAAAGGACUGAUGAACAGGAACGCCUCUCUGUCUCAGGUUUUGCGGGAGGCUAAAGAGCGAGAGGAGCUGCAGACGGCAAAGAAAGAGUCAUCAGAUACAGAGAAGAAGGUGGUGGCGCACUACGGGAUGCUGUUUGAUGAAUUCCAGGGUUUGUCACACCUAGAAGCCCUGGAGAUCCUGUCCAGAGAGAGCGAAUCUAAGGUGAAGUCUGUGCUGACGACUCUGUCUGGAGACGAGCUGAUCCAGCUCAGAGAGGAGCUGGACCAAAUCAAGGAAUCUUUCUCCAUGGUGGAGUUUGAUGACGAGGAGGUCGACGACAAGAAAGACGAAGAUGGCACAGAGUUUGAGAAGGAUUUAACGUCAGCCGUUGAUGGUCUCAGUGUUUCUGCCACAGAAAACAAACUCAUUAAGGCCUGUCAGAACGCCCGCAGCACGAUCAGCGACAUGAGCGUACCACAGGAAGACGGUGAAGAGACUGAGAGGACGCACUCUGCAGAGGAUGUACAUGCUACGGCCAUCCGGAGUCUCGCAGAGCUGACUGCUCGCUCCAUUGAGCUUUUCCACAAACUGGCCGAGAUGAUCCUGUUCUCCAACGGCAGCACAGACGCCAACGUCUUGUCACAACUAACUGUCGUCCUGUGUAAAGAAAUCUCUCUGCUUUCCAAGAAGUUCACCUCCUGCCUGACCACAGCGGGGUUUAAAGAGAAGGGAGAUGUCCUGAACCCACUGAUUACAGGAAUCUUUCUCGAGGCUUCCAACAGUGCGUCUUACAUCCAGGAUGCCUUCCAGCUCCUCAUGCCGAUACUGGAGAUUUCCCACAUCCAGAGGAGAGCUGGACGGGCGGAGCAGUGAUCUCUGAUCUCUGCUAUUUUGGGAACUGACACCAUCAGAAGACUGACACGAUGUCUCAACACUUUUAUAAACAGCUCUCUGUCACUCAGUGUUAUUUUUUGUUGUUGUUGUUUUACAUGUUCCGUACAGUAAAUUGACUUACUGAGGUCCUGACCUGGAAUAUUUGGAUCCGCCAGCUCUGAUCUAAGAAAACAAAAAGGAAAUAUAAACAUCCUUGUGCUUUCUACUUUAACAGCACACAGAUCAAAACGGUCUCAAAGAACUCUUUAUUUUCAAAAAUAUUAUGUGGAAAUAGAUCAGAAGUGUUAUCUUGCUUCAGUCUCAACUAAAUAAAAAGGUAAAUGGAAUGACAAUG